CGAACGUAUUAUAAAGAGGGGGUGCGUGACUUAGCCCGGUCUUACUUUGCUGCGCAUUCAGUUCCGGCUCCCUCCUCCUCCCGUUGUUCGCGACAAUUUUCAGCGUCGAACAAGGCUGUCCAGUCGGCAUCUGCUGUCGAAGUGAAGUGUGCGUGCGUGUGGUGCUCGCCUGCAGAAACACACGCUUCAAGCGCGAGAGAGCUUAUCCUGCAAGUGGCGUAUGUCAGUACGUGUGUGGUGGUGGUACACGUGUAUUAUUAUUCGUAUAAUAAUCUACACGCAAGCGUAACCACAAGCUGCUCGGCCUUCGCUGGUCAUCCCUGCCGUGUAGUGUCGUGCAACUGAGUGGACAUCAUGCGCUGGAUUUCGGUCAUCCUGAGUCUCUUCUUGCUCGGCCUGGCAAUCGAGACGGCGUCGGCCCAGGCCUCGGACAUCUUCAUCGACGACGAGGAGGGCUCCGGCGUUGGCGGCCAAGCGGGCAAGGACGACGACGAUGACUCCGAUGAGUUCGGAUCAGGCGCCACGACGACGUUCACCGAGUCGGCGUCCGUGACCCCAGGCCCCGUGACCUCGGGCUCCGUGACCUCGGACUCCGUGACCCCGGGCUCCGUGACCUCGAGCCCCGUGACCUCUGGCCCCGUGGUGCCGUCCGAGGCCCCCACGGACGAGAACGAGCAACCCACGUCCCCCCACGAGCAGCCCGGCUCCUCGCCCCCCCAGGGUGCGGCAAGAGACGUGCAGAGCGUGGAGGCAGCGACGACGCAGGCGGCGGACGCACCGAGCCCAUCGCCGGUCCCAGCAGAUGGAAGCACAGAGAGUGACGUCGCCGCCGCCACCACCACCGGCAGCUCCAGCAGCAACGUGAACGGCCACGUGGGAAAAGGUCGCGGCCGCAUGGGUCAGCCUCCCAUGGUGGAGGAAUCGCCCAUCAUCCCCGUCCACAAAGAAGACGUCAAGGAAGGUCCGAGGGGACCUCCCGACAUGCCGGCCACCGCAAGCGCGGCCGUGAACGACAGCCCCUUCGAGAAGACGGAGGUUCUGGCUGCGGUGAUCGCGGGGGGAGCGGUCGGCGUGGUGAUGGCGGCGCUGCUCGUCGCCUUCCUCGUCCACCGCAUCCGCAAAAAGGACACGGGGAGCUACGCGCUGGACCCCAACAAACCCCCGCAAACCAACGGAGACUACCAGAUCGCUCCCACGCAGGAGAUCUACGCCUAGACGGGACGCCCGCACCACAAUCACCACCACCAAGAUCAGCAUCAACGACACCACCACCACAAACACCACCACCACCAAGAUCAGCAUCAAUGACACCACCACCAACGCCACAAACACCACCACUGCUAACACCUACACCUAGAUCACCAUCACCACAAACACCACCAGCACCGCCAUCAAGAUCAGUAUCAACAACACCUUUACAAACACCACCACAAACACCACCACCACCAGGAGCAACAUCAUCAACAACACCACCACCACAAAUCACACCACCACAAACACCAUCACCAACACUGCCACCUAGACCAACAUCACCACCAUCGCCACCAAAACCAGCAGCGAAACCACCAGCACCAAGACACCACCACCGUGACUCCCAUCAGCACAAUCACUACUGGGAACAUGCCAACACCAUCACCAUCACAACCAUCCUCAUCAUAACCAUCAACACCAUCACCAUCACAACCAUCCUCAUCAUAACCAUCAACACCAUCACCAUCACAACCAGCCUCAUCAUGACUACCACCACAAACCACCACAAACAUGCCACCACCACCAUCACUCACAUCAUCACCACCACCACAAUCGCUACUUUAACCACCGUCAUCAUUACCAACACCACCACCACUACCACCACGAAGAGAUACAAACACCAUCACCGGCUCCAGCCACAACGGAACUGGAUCAUCAAUGCUGCCCGCUGCCCUUGCCUGAGCGAGCGUAGGGGCAUGGGUUAACUCAUGCCCAGGUGUAGUGUGGGUGCGCGCCUGUCAACCAGCGGCUCGGAGGCAGGAGGUUGGUGGAUCACUCAAAGAUUGUGCGCUUCAGAGCCACCAUCGCCUUGCAGGGAGGCGUAGAGCAGACGGCAGCUUUUCUUGCGGGGGAGGAGGGAGAGAGAGAGA